UGGGCAGGGCACAGCCGCCCAGAACGUCUCCUGCCUCGUCUACCGGGCAGAUUUCAUGAACUGCACGUGGGCCCGGGGUCCGGCCGCCCCGGAAAACGUCCAGUACUUUCUGCACCUCCGAGACCUACAGUCAGGGAGCGAGAGAGAGUGUCCCUAUUACCUGAGAGAUGCAAGGGCCUCCCACGUGGGAUGUCACCUCCAAGGGGCCUCAGAGUUCGGUUCCGAGAUGUACAUCCUCGUCAACGGCACCAGUCCCAGCGCAGGCAUCCAGUUCUUUGACGAUCGGUUGAUAUUAAAGACAAUAGAAAUCUACGACCCCCCCGGCAACAUCACCAUCCACUGCAACGCCUCCCAGUGCCUCAUCCAGUGGGACACGCCCAGGAUCCGCAUGUUCCUGUCCAACUGGGAGAUGGAGUACCAGCUGGACAUCCACAGAGAGGUGAGCGAGGGCCACUGCACGCCGGACUGUGUAUGA